UCUAUCGUCGCGAAGACGAACGAGGACAACUACAACGAGCGCAAAGACGCUGUAAGAAUUUUUGUGGUUUCUGUUUCGUUUUUUAUUCGGUGCAAAGUGAAUGCGAAUUCAAAAUUUAUUUUUUAAUUUUUAUUUUUUGCUGCAAUAUAUGAGCUUAUCUUUUUAAAAGCAAAAGUGCUUACGAAAAGUGAGUUUUUCGUGAGAGUUUAAUGGCGUGAGGGAACGAAAACGAAAACAAAGAAGUCGAAGAAACUUCUGUGCGCGAGCGCUUGCUCCGAGUAGCUGGCUAGCACGGUCAGCCAGACAGCAGUCGGAAAAAUUAAAACGGAAGGAACAACUUGCCGAAAAAAUCAAGUUCAAUCGCACUGGGAUUUAUAUAAAUUUUUUCAAAUCUAUGGAAGUUGGAUUGUCGGAGGAGUAUAAAUUGGAUGGUUGGUUUUUUUUUUUCUUGGAUUUUGUCAAUUUCGCUGUUGACGCUGGCUGGUCAGUUUUUCCAGCUAUGCCUUGAUAGUAUCGGUUUAUCUCACUUGCACCAAUGCAGAUAGAAUGUAUAGGCCUUAGAAGUGAUAAUUCCCUUUGUCUUCAGGAGUACACAUAUUGCGAGUGCUUAGUGAAGUAGAUCGAACGAACGGCAUCGGUAUAAAGUUAAGCAUUCGUGACUGUUACCUGUUAAGCAGGUGCGGUAGCAUCAGUGGUAGUUACAGCAACAGUGAAAACAUUAUGGUUGUUGGUUCGAGUCAUCAACGGCGUGGUGGUGGUGAUACGGUUAUCAAUAGCAAAUACUCGAAUUCAUCGACAUCCACUGUUUCUUCCUCCACCUCCAAUCAAAGUACGUCCGGUUGCCAUCAUUCUUUACACAACGGCACAGAUCAAACUAUCUCUGGUAAAUCACAUUCGAUGUCUUCACAUGGCAGUAGCGGAUGUAGUAACAGUUCGAAUGGCCAUUCCCACCAUCAAAAUUCAUAUAACGGACAUACCAAUGGUUAUCAUUUAGGAAAUGGUAAUGGCAGUACGAAUGGUACUGCCAGUAACAGCGUUAGUCGACUCUCGCAGUCGACGGGAAUGACCCCCAAAGAAUUGUCGGAGAAUGAUGAUCUGGCAACUUCAUUGAUUUUGGAUCCUCAUCUGGGGUUUCAGACGCACAAAAUGAACAUACGCUAUCGUCCGCUCAAAGUGGAUAGAGCUCAGUUGAAGAUAGUGGUAGAUGACUUCAUUGCAACUCAAAAUUACGAUGUGGCAGUGAAGAAAAUUUUCAGUGGGCCAUGGAUUCCUCGAAGCUUCAAAAGUAAAAACAAAAUAGCCUUCAAGCGCCUUCAUGAUCAUAUUAUACGUUAUUUGCGUGUAUUCGAUAAGGACAGUGGUUUUGUUAUUGAGGCCUGCUAUCGUUACUCACUUGAGGGUCAAAAGGGAGCUAAAAUUAGUUCAACAAAGCGAUGGUCAAAGAAUGAUAAAAUCGAAUGCCUUGUGGGCUGCAUUGCGGAGCUAUCCGAAGCUGAGGAGGCUGCUUUACUACAUACAGGAAAAAAUGAUUUCUCCGUAAUGUACAGCUGUAGGAAAAACUGUGCGCAACUGUGGCUUGGUCCAGCUGCGUAUAUAAACCAUGACUGCCGGGCUAAUUGUAAAUUUGUUGCCACUGGGCGGGAUACAGCAUGCGUUAAAGUAUUGCGCGAUAUUGAGGUUGGAGAAGAAAUUACUUGUUUCUAUGGGGAGGAUUUCUUUGGCGAUGGCAACUGCUAUUGUGAAUGCGAAACAUGCGAACGACGUGGCACCGGAGCGUUUGCCGGGAAAGUAAUAAAAGGAAAUGUUAGCAGUGAUGCUAAUGCUCUUGCGAUGGGCUUAAGUGGAUCAUGUGUGAUCGGUAUAAAUACCCAGGAUCCAAAUGCCAGCGGCGGCUACCGCCUACGUGAAACUGAUAAUCGUAUUAAUCGUAUCAAAAGUAGGGCUAACUCUACGAGUUCAAUGAACGUAGACAAUAGCGCUUGUACAAGUGCCCCAUCAGCAUUGAUUGAAACAUCAGCCGGUGUUCAGGUCAAGAAAUUAGAAGGCGGAUCGUUGGACAGCGAUAAUGUUAAUAUUGAAAGUAUGAAAAAACAACAGCCAACUGUGGUUGUGACACCACUGACCAUGAAGGAACUGCGUCAAAAGGGUAUGACUAAGUACGACGCCGAAAUGAUCAUGGCCAAUACCUACCAGCGUCAUCAUCAUCACCAUCAUCAAUCCCAUAACCAAAUUCUGCAUCAAGAUCCAUGUGGAAAACAAUCGGUUGACGGAAGUACUGCAACCAAAACAGGUGGCAACGGCUUUAACGUUGGCCGAGAGUCGUUGCGCAAAUCAGCACGUGUUAACAGUACGAGUAGUACAAUUUCUUCCGGUUCGGCAGAAGAACAGCCUGUCAGCGUUACAACUGCGCUUGCCCGUAAUAGCAGCAGCGGCGGAGCCGCAGCAAAGGCGCAUGCAACUACAGCCGCCGAACCAGGGUUUAGUGCUGCUGCGAGCAUUUCACGAAGGCCAUUGAGAAAAGGAGCUGGAAAUGGUGUACCGAAAAUCAACACCAUCAAUAAUAAAACUGGCUACGUGACUCGUAGUAGUGGCAGACAAACGCGUUCGACAGCAAUUGCGCGUUUGGAGGAGGCAGAUAGUUUGGACCAACAGGAAAUAACAGGUUUAAAUGCGGCAGAUCGCCCGAUGGAGAAUGAGAAUGAUGAAGUCAGAGAUGAAAAGAGAACUGUAAAUAAUCGCAAGGACGAACAGAACACACUUGCAAUAGUUGCAACGAAAACUAACGAUCGCCAGCGACACGACAAACCAACACGCACGCGCAACGGACUGACUCGUGUGACGGCGUCCUUGGGUAAUAACAUCGGUGGACGCGUUUUACGAAAUCAUCACCAACAUCACUCAACUACACAUCAUAAUGAUGAAGUAGAAUCACACACAGGCGUGGACGCGAAAGCAACUGCCACUGAUACCCAAACGAAUCGUAAUAAUUAUAAUAGUAACAAUAGUUGUAAUAAUAGUGUUAGCUUAAGUAGUAUUUGUAGUACUAGUAGUAAUUGUAGUAGCGGAACAGAUUCCAAUCAGUUGGUGGGUGGGAUUGGUGAUAGAUUGCCGGCUGGUAUGCACUAUCCAACAACAGCAGCAAUGCAGAAGCCUGGCAGCUUGCUUGCAAAUGUUACAGUUACUGACAAUGGCGAAACUUUUGAUGUUAGUAGCGCAAGCUGUGUGCAUGAAAAGAAUAAUAUUACGCCGAGUUAUCGCAAGAACUUAAUGGGAUCCUUUGAAGAAGCGUCUUUGGGAGCACCAUGUAUGCAAUUGACAGAGCCUUCUAAUUCGCGGGAUGUGUCCCAAACUCAAUUACAGCGCUCAACUCGUCGAAACCAGCUUCGCUGCGUCAUUAAAUCGACUUCGAUGACAAUGUCUAUGAGUGAUAAUGGACCGCGUAAAAGGCGAUCAUCUCAGGGGAUUGAACAGAAAAUUUACGAUAACGCCAAUUGUAACGGAAAAGGUGCAUUCGACAAGGGUGUGGGUGGCAAAGCUGAAACAUUCAAUCAAGACUGUGCGCCUGUGCUUCCACCCACUGCCAUGGAAACGCUGUUGAAGACACCGGAGCGACGUUUGAAGCUUACGCUUCGAAUGAAACGCUCCCCUAUACUCGACGAAGUUAUCGAAUCUGGCACAAGCCUGAGUGAUGAAAGCAGCAGUUUUAAUGGCUCAUUCAGUCGCGCAUCAUCGCAUUCCACCGAACCGGUGGAAUAUGAGAUUUUACGAAUGGAGGGCAUUUCAGAAAAUGGCGUCGACUACGACAGUAUUCCGUUAAAACGCAAAAAACGACACAAAAGCAAGGAUCAUCAUCACCACCAUCGGCAUCGCAGUCGCCACCAUCAACAUCGCCGCUUUAAUGCGGAUAUAUGUAAUUCCCAGGAAUUGAGUUCUAUGGCCGCGGACUUGGCGACAACGCCCCCAGGCGCACCGGCUGCGCAGUCUAGUCCCCGCGCUGUGUUGCCAACGUCAACGACAAGAAUUGGGGGGAUUGGUGUGCAAACGCCUCAGAAAAAACGACUUCGUUUGAUAUUUGGUAAUGAGACGCACACCAUUGACAUUCCAGCGCUUAGUGUGAACGAUAGCCUUAAUAAUACAACUUUUGACACAAGUGGAAGUAGCGCCGAGUAUGAUAACGAAACGGCUGAUGUGAGUGAUUCGAUUGAGUCCAACACCACUAUUUCGGCCGCAGUAACUCCAACCACAAGUACUGGUGUCAGCGCCAAUACAAGCAUAAGCACACGUGCGAAUGCUUCAUUGCUGGCAAAUACCUCGUUUUCCACAUCCUCAACAGCACCCACUGAGGCGGCCGUUUCACCGCAAUCCAAUUCCAAUUUGAGUGCGUGUUCAUCCUCAAAUUCAGCCUACGUCUCGGCCGGUUCCACAGCAUCUGCUUCGACGUCGAUGCCGUUGCCGUUGCGUGCAGGUCACGAUCGGCAGGAACUCACAGUGCCCACAGCAGCUGCUAUACCACCAUCCACAAUCACAUCAGCUCCUGCAUUCACCGCUGUCACAACGACAGCCUCCGAAAAUAUUGCUGGCACAUCAGUGGCGUCGAAUACAGUCGUAGCUCCGCCAUUGCUGCAACAUAAACCAUUUACGCUUAUGCAGCAUCAACAACUACAAACACCUUCAGCUCCUGCGGCCGUGGCACAUCCCAACUUCAGCGCUUAUUUGCAACACCCGCUUGGCGGUGCCACCAGUAUAGCAGGCAUUUCAAAGCCUUCAGCUACAAGCGUGCCAGUUGGCAUUGGCGGAAGCAGCAAUAUUAACGGUGUUACAGCAGCGCUUGCACCCCCUUUGUUUCUUUCGCAGGCGAGCGUACCAAAACAUACUUUUGGGUCAUGCGCUCUUCUACCGCCUCCUACUUUUGCGCGCAAUCUGACCGUUAGUGGUCAUAUGUUGCCAAUGGGCGGCAGUUUAACCGCUACACACAAUGCUGUAUCGUCCAAUGCAUCGCUUUGUGCGCUGAAUGCACAUGUCAGUACAACGACACCUUUGGCGGUUGGAACAACAACAGCAAUGUCUAGCAUCGGUUCGAUAGGUGGUGCCGGCUGCAGUAGCACUGUAAUGGCCAAAAAGGGGAAUGAUCUUAUGAAUUGACGUUCAUUUUUUGACAUUGCACAUUGCACAUUGCACUGCUCAUCGAGGUUUUCUGCUGCUGCUGCUGCUGAAGUUGUGGCUGUGUUCUUGGCUGAAUUGUGCCAAGAAAGUUAGGCGCGUUUCCGGGCGAUAUAUCGUUUAAUAUGUUCUUGCAAUAAUUUAUUGAAAAAUGAGUGUAGUUUGUUUCUCUAUGAAUGUCUGUUUGUUGUAAAAUAUCUUCUUAAAAGCAUUUUAAAUUUAACGCAGCGGCAAAUGAUCAAGACCUGACAUAGGUGUAAAGUUAUGGUGGAAAGUCGGGCAGAUAGGUAUGGGUUACAUUACACAUAUGUUCAUUAGGUAUUCAAAUAUUUAGCGAUUCACCUGGUAGGCAUAGAAGUUAAAUGUUACAAGUACGCUAAUUCGCUUCUUGGUUUCUGUAUUUCAAAUACAUUUGUGAAAUAUUUAACAGGCAGGUGAAAUGGAGGCUGUAGAGCAGGCAUGGAUGGCAGUGUAGAGUUUUGUUACUACAAACUAAAAUUUUUAGAAUGAAAAUAUGAUCAUAAUUUUAAGGUAAAAGUUUCACGUAAAGUUUUUUAAACACAAAGUUUAUAUAAAUGAUGUUUUAAAUCGUAAUUAUUUCCCCAAAUAAAUUAUUGUAUAUUUUACAAAAUUUUAGCCACAAAUUUUCAUUAGGUAUCACUUUAGAUUUGCCUUUUUUUGAAAUGGGAACUUAGACUGCUGGAACAACACUCCUUCAAUGGGUAGAUCCUUGUUGUUCCAUAGCUUGAAAAUUACUAUUUAGAACUGUUCCAAAUCAAAUGUUUUCGCAUGACUCAGUUGGGUGUAGAUUGCUUCACAGAAAGUGGUGCAUCUAUAAAUUUAUUUCUCAAUAGGAAUUUCGUAGAUGUGAGUAGGCUUUUCGGUUUAUAAAAAGCUAAACAAUUGAAUAUAUUACAACAGGCCACUUGUAGUGCUGCUGAAAUUUGUAUAGUUUUCUGGGCCGCUAUCACAUAUGCAUGUAUUUUGUAGGUCUGACCCCGUAUUUCUCGGACUUCGUAAGUUCGCUGUAGUACGGCAUCAGACCUUGUAUGUAUGGUGCCUCGCAUAGAUGAUGUUGACCUACUUUCCUUUCUCCUUUUCUCUUUUGUUUUGCAGAUGGAAAAUGUAUACAAAAUUUUAAAGAAAAAUAUCUGAAUAAUUAUAAAAAUGAAUUGAAUUGUCGUAGUAGUGCGCCGAUUAAUAGUUUUUUAGCAAAUUGUCAACAUAAUUUCGACAACAAAAACAACUACAAGUACGGCUUUAUAGGUCAAUGCAGCAACUAUAAUAAGCAGAGUAAUACUGCCGAAUAUGAGAACAGCCCGAAAGGUCAGCAUACACUUUUUAGUAACCUCUCCAAUAAUAUGAA